AUGGCUUUCGGAAUUCUGGAGCCAGUGUCAAGCACAAUCCCAUCUGGAACGAAUCUCCUAGAGAAUUUGCGCAGUGCAUCAGACCCAGACGGAAUCGAGACGCGACUCAUCCUUGUCCCCAAGCCAUCCGACUCGCCAUUAGAUCCAUCGAAAUGGCCUCGAUAUAAGAAAGAACUCCUCUUCGGGACUAUUGUCUUCGGGGCAUGUGCAGCCGGGUCAUUAGGGCCAGUUCUUGUGCCUGGCUUUACUACGGUCGCCAUAUUGCUCGAUGUGCAAUUGACUGAUAUGGCUCUUCUGAAUGGGAGCUUGAUCAUGACUCUUGGUGUGAGCGCAUACCUUUGUCCCUGUAUAGCCGAAGUAUACGGAAAGCGAAUGGUGUAUCUUGUAACGACGACUAUUAUUGUGGCUGGAUGUUGCUGGGCUGGCGCAGCAAGUUCAUACAAUUCCCUAUUGGCGGCGCGCGCAAUACAAGGUCUUGGAAUGGGCGACUUUUUUGCGAUGGCAGGUACCGCUUCAAUCACGGAUGUAUUCUUUGUGCACGAGCGAGGGAGACGUAUUGGACUUUGGAAUUUCAGCGUCAUGAUUUCAAACAAUCUCACACCGAUUGUGAUUGUGAUUCUGGCAGCAACCCUCGUCUGCUUCCCCGAGACGACUUUCUACCGCAAUGUAGCCUUAGAUAACUCCGUUGAAGUCGAUAUCUCCGGUGAUAGCUCAACUCCAACAAAAGACAAAUCAGAACAACCAGCAUCGAUCAUAAGCUCACCAAAUCAUGAGGUCAAAAGCUUAGAUGUUGAGAGGUAUUCUCAAGUAUCCAGUUGGAAAUAUCAUUUUGGGUUUGGCGCUGUAAAGUUUCGCGACCAAAGUCGUGUCUUCAAGCUUUGUGUAGAUCCAAUUAUUCUCUUAGCACACCCAGCAGUCCUUUGGGGAUGUCUAAUGUGGUCGGUGGUUUUUACAUGGAUCAUUCUAAUCGGCACUGUGGUCUCUCAAAUCUUUGGAGCAGAACCAUAUAGCAUGAGCACAACCGCAGUCGGAAACCUUGCAGGAAUCGCACCUUUGAUUGGAUCCACAAUAGGAACACUCACAGCGGGGUGGGCUUGCGACAAGAUAGUCGGAUAUCUGGCACUACGCAAUCGUGGUAUGUAUGAGCCAGAGUUUCGUCUUCUUAUCAUUAUACCGGCAUUUAUUACCAUGGCUGUUGGUGGAUUUGGUCUUGCAGCUGCCAUUGAUAAAGGCCUCUCGCCAGUUACGUGCGGUGUUUUUAUGGCGAUUUUAAAUUUUGCGGUUGGUGCUGGGUGCACCGGCGUUGUUGCAUACACCAACGAUGUAUGCGGUCAGCGAUCCGGUGAAGCCUUUGGUCUUGCUAUGAUUAUUAAAAGCGCCUUUGCUUUCGGUCUCACGUUCGCAUUUAACGAUUAUUAUACUACAGCCGGCCCUCUUGUAUUUUUCUCAACUUUUACGGCGUUGACUUUAGGUAUCAUGCUGACGACAGUCCCAAUGUAUAUAUUUGGAAAGAGGAUACGAUCAUGGGCGGAUACAACAACUGCGUUGACUUUCUCUGGGCCUAAAUGA